GGGCGUGCCUGCUCUACUGUUGGAUGGGGCACCGGUCAUCGGGAGCUAGAAGACACGUGCCCACGUGGACGGUGGGAACGAGCUGGGGACAUCUGGAGUUGGUGCGCUGAACAUUAACAUCACGGCAGCCCUCCUUAGCAACGUGGACGAUGAAUAAAAUAUAAGAUCAACUCUGUUCCAUCUACACAAUUUAAGCACGAGGCGGCGGUGAUCAGUCAUCCGCACGAUGUAUCAGCCCCACUACAAGCAUCCUGUGGUGACGGGCCAGCCGAUGCCCACGAUGGCCCAGCCGAUGGUUAUGGGCCAGCCGAUGGUGCAGCAAACGACGAUGAGCACCACUCUCACCACCAACACGUGGAACUCGAGAAUGUGCGACUGCUGCAACGACUGCGAGUCCUGUUGCUUCGCCUUCUGGUGCUUCCCCUGCUUCACCUGCAGCACGGCGUCAAAGUUCGGCGAGUGCUGCUGCCUGCCCAUGCUGGACACGAUGUGUUUCUUUAGCGCCCCAGCCAUCGGCAUCAGCAUGCGCUCCAGCAUCCGCGAGCGAUACGGCAUCCACGGCUCCAUCUGCGACGACUGCGUCAUCAUGUGGUGCUGUACCACCUGCGGAUGGUGCCAGAUUGCUCGCGAGCUCAAGUUCCGACAGAUGCCCGUCACCGUCGUCUCUCAGACGACGGUGAUUGGCUAGAGACCACUCACCACCGCCGCUCCCCACGCCGCGCGGGUUACCACGUGACCGUGCGGGCGACCACGUGACCGUGCGGAUGGGAUUCUGGCGACACGUGGCGAGCACAAUCGUGCAUUGCCCACGUGUGGUUUCCAGCGCCUUCGCUCACGAUCUCGGCGAACGGAACUUGCGUUGGAUUUGCUCGGUCACGGCGUUCGGAAAUGCGGGGGGGUGGGGGCGUUCUUCGUGAAUUUUAUCCACGCGGCAUCGAAGUCAGCUGAAGCCUCCAGUUAAAUCAGGCGGCUUCUGUGUGGCCACCCAAGAUUCUGAAUGCCUCCCCUCUCCCCACCCGCUGUGAAAACAGCACGCUGCUUCUCCUUGAGGCUCACUCCUGCUUGCUUAUUCAUUCUCUCCCUUCGCUCUUUUCCCUCCCCUCUCACCAUCACCCUCUCAUUGCCGGCAUCUUGACCCAGUCAUUCCUUCUCCCCGUUGCUGCUGCUGCUGCUCAUCUUGAGCCGUUACCUUUUAAUCCGUCUUGGCGACUUCCGUGCCAACAUCCCUUCACUUCACUUCCCCUCUUCCUUUCUAUGUAUCAAUGUUUGACUCCGCUUCGCGUUCCGUGUUGGUGUUUCACACGCGAAGAGUUUUUUGUCAUUACGCAUAUGAUGCUAAAAACUGUAAUCACUAUUUCUGCAUUUAAACAUGUAUAAGUCACGUAAAUAGCUGGAUUUCCACGAAGAAUUGGGAGCAACAAAGAAUGUUUUUUUUAAUUGAAAGAUAUAUAUUGAACUGCUACGUUGGCGUUAUAUAAACUGUGAUUACGUUAUUUCACACGACUCCUGGCACUAUUCUCUGAUAACGCGUUGCUUGUAUCUUAGCAUCCGGAUCACAAAUGUCUACGAUUGGAUGGAAUCAGCCACGUGUUCCUUAAAACGCGUUCUGCCUCUAUGUUCUUUCUAAGACGUGGCCUUAUUCAAUUUUAACUCUGCCCUUGACAUUCACUCAAGAACUUUUAAUUGGGUAGUCCCAGUUGCAUACAGUUGUAGCUUGUCGUGUGACCUAAUUAUCUCUCUUCCCCAGUUUCUUGUACCUGUAAUGAUGUUACCAAGCCACAACCAAUGUAUAUUCAGUCUCUUGUAUUCUCAUGGCAGGUCCAAGAAAUCUAACACUGCCUCUCUAUAAUUAUUAUCAUUCAUCCUGCUAUGUGUAACACAAUUAUGUUACUCAUCUUGUAUAUUCUGUCACUUCUGGUUUGCUCUGGAAGAGAACAGACCUUGUGUAACACUGCAGCAUUCAAAUUUUUGUUGUCAAUAAUAUCUUAUAGUUGACUGUAAUUUACACCUUUUGAAAGAAAAAAAAUAUAUAUGUUUUGCUUAUUCACUGCAUCCUACAUGCAUAAAUAUAUAUAAGCACCCAGGUCUGUCAUUCUGUCAUUGUGUGAUUAACGCGGCACGGAUUGGUUGAAGUGCGUCACGUGACCGCGAGCAAACAGCCAACCAGAGGAGCGCCCCUGACAAACAUGUACGCCCCCCCAGCUAAUGUUGCGCCCUAAUAAGGCGCUGUGGGCAGCUGAUCUGCCAGCACGCUCAGGA